UAGAGGGCGCCAACCCGCCCAAAUGCUAGCACCCAGACAACACCAUAAACGUACUAUCCCCAGGACCAAGAUGGCGUCGCUAGCAGACGACCAUGUUCACAGCGCUGGGCGAAUGCAGGCAUACAGCGAUGCCAUCUUCUCCAUCGUGGCAACCAUCAUGAUCCUGCCAGUAGCCCACACCGAGAUACCAGAAGACAAGAACUUGAGGGAGGUCAUCUUCUAUCGGCUCCUACCCAAAAUACUCAUCUACAUUUUGACAUUCUUUGUGGUGGCCAUAUCAUGGACUGCACAUGUUUGGCUGUUCCAGAUUGUACGACGUGCUGAUGAUGUGACCACACUUCUCAAUCUCUUCAUCAUGAUGAUCAUCACAUUUCUACCUUUUACGUUCACCUUGAUGGGAACAUUUCCUGAAUAUGUCCUGGCCAUUGUGCUGUUCAGUGUGUGUAUCAUUGUCCUGGGUGUAGCACAGGCCUUAGUAGUUCUGCAUGUGUUCCGCAACCCUCAAAUCAUGGAGGAGUCCAUCAAGAACUCUGAGAACAAGGUAGCCGUGAGGAAUGCCCUCCUUCUGCGUGUGUUGGUAAACCCCAUCCUCUGUACACUUGCUGCUGUGUUCUCACCUGCCAGCAAUGUUAUAUCUUACAUAUUCCUGGUGAUGAUUCUGUUCAGUCCUAACAUUGCUGUCCAACUGUCCAAGCUGAUCAGCAAAUGUUCAGGAAGUGUGCAGGUGUCUCAAGAGGUUAUCCGGAGAGGGAAAUCUUACGAGAUGGAAGUCAAUAAGGAGAGAGUGGAAUGUUACAGUGAUGGUGUGUUUGCCAUUGUGGCCACUCUCAUUAUCCUGGAUAUCUGUGAAAAAGACAUUCCCUCUGUGGCAGACUUGGAGAUCAAGUACAAGAAUGACCUGGCGGCUGCCCUGAACCAUGACAGCUCUGUCUUCCUGGCCUACUUUGGCACGUUUGCUACAGUGGGACUGUUAUGGUACAUUCACCACUCACUGUACCAUCACCUCAAGAGAACAAGUCGACUGAUGGCCAUGUUCAAUAACUUUUCCCUGGCCAUGAUUGGAGGGAUGCCUCUGGCUUUCCAGCUAACAAGCAUGUACAAAGAUACAGACUUCUACAAUAACGAGAGAGUAGCCAUCCAGCUGUCUUGUGUCAUCAUAUUCCUGGCGAGCAUCUCUCAACUGGCCAUCUUUGUUACUGCACUCUUCAGACCAGACCAGGACCUGACAGAUAGUGCCAGAGUGGGAGGGCGCAGUCACUAUUACCUACUGGUAAAACUUCUCGUCUACCCUACUGUCAGUAUGACCAUCUAUGUCAUCAGCCUGACUUCAGAUGUCCUGUCUGUGGAAGCAUUCCAUGUGGCUCAGCUUGGAACACCUGUACUCUUCUUCAUCCUUUGGCUGAUUGUGAUCCAAAUACAGAGAAAUGUGCAAGAUGUACUGAAUCCUGAAGAGAAUUCGACUCAAGAGGGCAGCAAUAAUGAAGAACAAGCUCUUCUGACUGCACCUCCAGAAAACAUUGCCUGCUGAGCAAAGAUAUCAUCAGCUAAUAAGCUUGUGUUUCAUAUUAUGGAAUACAUGUAGUUACUCCCCUAUGUUCCAACAGCUCAACCUGUGUUAGGACACCCUAACCCUAUGCUGAAAAAUACUGGUGUCAGAACAUAAGGCUGUCCCCUUAUUGACACUUAUUGAGGAAAUUUGGUCAGUGGAGCUGAAGUCCUAACUUACUUUGUUGCCAAAGAUUUGUCUGCACAAGAAGAGACCAAGACUCAACCACAUACACUAGAGAUAUGUGUAUUCAAGUUUGUUAUCUUACACUUAAAAUGGUCGCAAAGUUUUUGAAUUGCAAGAAUACAAGUUGCUGUCAGACAUGUAGUCAGCAGUAGUUGAUAGGAGGCUAUGGUGAUUUCAGCAUGCUAGUCAGGUUCAAGAUCAUUACUAUAUGUGUGCGGUAACAACUGCUUGUAGCUCUCUUGUCAAGCAAAGUGGCCUGUCCUUGGUGCUGAAAAUGUUUUGUUGUACAUAGACUAUGCCGUGUAUGAAAUCUAAACCAGCAUCAAACAUUUCUGUUGUAUCAAUGGUAUCUUUUACACUCUUUUAAUUGAAUUAGUAAUAAUGGAGUUUAAAUGUUCUGUAUUGUUUGUUAGCCGUCACCAAAUAUUUUUGUUUGAGCCUGAGAAAAUGUGACAAAGUUUUGCUGCUGCUACAAGAAUUUGUGGCUUUAUUUUCGUACAAAAAAAGCAUAAUUGUUAUUAAAGAAAAAACAUUACAGACAUUUAUUAUAUGUAGUCUAUUACUGAGGAAUCAUAUGACUGCUGCUUAAUGUUAUUUUCCAAGGAUGUAUUUCACACAUAUUCAUGAUAAUUACUCGGUAAAUUUCGAAAUAAGCAGCUUUUUUUUCCAAUAAAUGCAUGAAUAAAUGUACACAAUAAACCUUCAAGGUUUUUUCUGUAAAGCAGCUACAUUUCAA